AUGGCUUCGAUUAGUGAUCCGAACGAUUUGGUGUAUAAAUCAUAUCUAGAGAAUGUCCUUAAUUAUCGAUCGAACCUUUUGAAAACAACAAAUAGACACCUGGUGAAAUUGAAAAGUUUUCUAAAAAGUGAAGCUGAAAUAAAAAAUGGCGAAAUGCAAAGAAUUGCUUUUUUGGAGAGAGAAAGACUGCAGAACGAGAAAUUGAUGGACGAUUGUAGGGCGGCGUUAGGAGAGAAAGAUAUGAAACUUGAAGAUUAUGAAGAGAGUUUGAUGGUGUGUAAAAGUGAACUUACUGAGCUGGCUCGAAAUCACCAAACUGUGGUAAAAGAAUUGAACAUUUUAAAAAAUAAAUUAAAUUUUGACGCCAAACUUUACAAGCACUGCAUCGAGGUGAGUGAGCAGAAGUUAGUGGACGCCUUGAAUGAAAAUGGCAGAUUAGAAAGAGAACUAAGCAAGCGAAAUGACCUUAUUGAAACAUUAUCCUCAGAUAAUGCCAUCAUGAAGAAUAUCUACGAUAAUGUAAAGAUUGAAAAUGAAAAGUUAGCCUCAGCCAACAGUAAACUAACUUUAGAAAAAGAUGGAUUACUGUUAGAAUUGAAAUCAUUAAACGAUUCAAACCUUAAAAUUAAAAUAAGUUCCGAAUUAAAAAAAGUUCAAAGUUCACAAUUGUCGGAAUUGAAAGAUGUACAGAACAGUUUGGCAGCUUUACAAGAAGAAAAAAAGCAUCUCAACAUGAAAAUUUCCAACUACAAAAAGACUAUAAACUUUUUAAGAGAUCAAAGAAAGACUUGUUUGUGCACAAGCAACACAAAAGCUAAUGUCAAAGCAACACCCAACCAGAGUCCCAAACAGGCAGAUAAAGAAUUAGAAAGUAAGUUGGAGAAUGAAGCUAUAUUGUUAUCAUCAUUCAAAGAGAAAUUAAGAGUGCAGGAAAUGCAGAAUUCCGAAUUACUAUUCCAAUUACUGAAUCUUGAAAAUAAGGUUUCUACUUUAGAGAGUAAUUUGAAUGAAAAAGAAACAAAACUGAAUGAAGUUACUAGAGAAAAGUCACUGUUGCUCGUUGAGCUUGACCUCACAUUCCUACUUGCCAGCAAUACAUUCACUAACUUUCAAAACGUCAUCAAUGACAUAUGCAAUUAUACGAAAAUUAAAUUUGAUGAUUCAAUUUACAAACAUAUCAAAGACAACUCUGGCAGUAACAUGACAUUAGUGAACAGCAUAAAGGAUAAACUAAGAAGGAUGGAUUUAUUAGUAACAUACCUAAAACAAAAUUUUGACAAAUUGCAAUCAGAAGUUGCUGAAAAAUCUCAUGGCCCCGUCAAGCGCAAAUUAAAUCCUUCCCCAACUAAAUCAAUAGAACAAUAUUUAAUUAGGACACCACCAAAAAUGACGAGUAUUAGUGCCAAUAACUUAAGUAGCUCACAGAAUUUCGAUAUUUGCCUUACCCUGGUGCCCUCCACAUCAUCCAUUAAUGAGGAGGACAUCAGCAGAACCCAGCCGAGCAGUACCACUGUGCAAAACAAUACAGCAAAUCCAAGAAAAAACUGUAGAGCCAAAUUAUUUCCUGCUAACAGUAAAUCAGUAAACAGGUUGAUAGUUAUAUUUUGGUGCAGCCAUCUUCAAUAA